AUGGAUUGGCGUAAUCUAGCUUCAUCACAAUUUGAAUUGUUGUUGAACCUUUGUCAAUGGGCUCAUAAAACGAUCAAUGAUGCUGUUCAUCGCUUUGUCUUGCAAUCAUUCAUUACUUCAGAUGUACUCACCGAAAUCGAUUUCAAUUCACAAUUAAAUGCAACUCUCAAUCAAUUUUUUCAAUCAACAAUUGCCUAUUUUGAUCUUCUUGUUAACACAUUCAACCUUUGUAUACAAGUUGAUCAACCUUAUAUGGGAUCACGACAAAUGUUUUACAGUGCAAUGGAAUCAAACUUAAUCGUAAAUAAUGUAAUAUAG